ACACGACCCAAUCCAACGGCGUUGGGAUAGCAUCUCUGGAGUUGGUGGAGAUGUGCCUCCAACGGAAAAAAUCUGAAAGACAACGACAAUCCGUUAGUUUAGCACAAAAAAGAUGGCAUCGGUUACCAAAAAAAGCUCUUUGGUUAGCCAACAUGGCGAGCAUAUAAAGUGAACUGACUGUGUGCAGCAGUGUCAACAAAAUGAGGGUCCCUCGAUGCUGCGUGGGACUCCGGCGGGCCUAUUUGGUUUGGCCAAUCCUGCUGCUCCUCCUGGUCGGUGCAGCCUUGACCGCUCUGCUGCCCCCUGCCGAGGACCAAGGAGGCGUCGGGGUCCUGGGAGCGCUACGCAGGGCAACGUCACAAAAGGAGAAUCCUGCACAGGGUCACCAUGGUGACAGCACAGAGGAGGAGCAGAGGUUCACCAUCAUCAUCCAAACUUACAACCGCACAGACAUUUUGCUCAGACUCCUAAACCAUUACCAGGCAGUGCCUCAUCUUCAGCAGAUCAUCAUAGUCUGGAACAACAUCGGGGAGCAGACACCCCUAAAGUUAUGGAACUCUUUGGGGCCUCAUCCGGUCCCUGUGGUCUUUAAGGAGCAGACCGUCAAUCUGAUGCGCAACAGACUACAACCAUUCCCUGAGAUUGAUACUGAUGCUGUGCUGAUGCUGGAUGACGACACCCUGGUCAGUGUUCCUGACAUCAGUUUCGCUCUCUCUGUUUGGAAGCAAUUUCCAGACCAGAUUGUUGGCUUCGUCCCACGGAAACACGUCUCAACACCAGGAGGAGUGUACAGUUAUGGCAGCUUUGAACUACAGGACCCAGAAACAGCUGGAGGUGACAAAUACUCCAUGGUGUUAAUCGGUGCUGCCUUCUUCCACCGUCGCUACCUGCAGCUCUUCCAGGACCAACCUCGAGCAGUGCACGCGCUGGUGGAUGAAACACAGAAUUGUGAUGACAUUGCUAUGAACUUUGCUGUAGCGCUGGAUUUGAAGAAACACUCUAUAGGCAGCAUUAACAAACCCUCUGGGGUCUUUGUCAAACCCGUGGACCUCCGCAACCUGGAAAAGGAUGCCAGCAGCGGGUACCAGGGUAUGUGGCAUCGCCCCGAACACCUUCUUCAGAGAUCCUUCUGCCUGAACAGGCUGACAGAGAUCUACGGCUUCAUGCCGCUCUGCUUCUCCAACCUGAUGGUCUCCCAGUUUGGCUUCCCCAGCUAUGCCAACCACAAGAGUAGAGGCUGAGGAGCUGCCACACCGCUGACUGUUUUAGACUGAAGACAGACAGACUAAAGUAACAGUUUGGACUAUCAUGGAUUUUGCACAAUCAGAAUUUUCUACACAUGGCCCUGUCGAGAUGAAACGUCCAUAUUUGAUAAGGUAAUGUGUAUAUUGUAACCAAAGCUGCCUCUCCUUCAAGAUGAAUAACUCUCUCAGUGGAUUGUAGUUAUUUUAUAGCCAGCAGGUGUCAGUCUUGGAUCUGCUUUGCCUUGUUUGUAACCACAAUUUACAGUUGUCUUGAUGCUGUCUCCUUCUAAUUCUGGUUUUAAUACAUUUAUAGUUGUUUAUAGAAUAUGACACUUUUCUGAUGUGCUUGUGUAAAGUCCCUACAGAUUAAAAAUGACUGUUAAAAGAUGUAGGUAUUCUUAAGUAAAUUUUGGCCAAAAAAAGAGCCUCCACCAAAGUGUGAAUUUGAAUAAAAUGGAAUUAUUGCAGGUAUCAUGUACGUUCUAACAUGAUAUUUAUGUAGAACAGUACUAUGCAUGCGUGGAUAAUCAUUUUUUAAAUGUGUGCUUGUAAGACUGUAUCGUGUGAUUCAGUUAAAUAAAGUCAACACUAUUUAUCUGAA